AUGGGCGACAUUAAAGCCGUGGAUAAUCCGCCUAUCCGAGGGUUAAAAACCGCGGAUAUUAUUCUCUCAAAAGCCAAAUCUGCGGAUAUCCGGGUGCCAUCCGAUCCGCUAGGGGCCCUACAUUAUUCUCAAGGGAAAGGAGCAACAGGAGCAAGGGUAUAUGUCUAUGGUGCAGAGAUGGAGGGUCUCGCGCAAGGCUCAGAAUUCCUUGUCUCUUGGCUCGAAAACAAUGUCCCCAAGGCAGGCCGGUUGCUAAGAAGGGGUUGGCAUCAGGUGGAUAUCCUGAGAGAGGAUGAUAAUGAAUCACCAUCACUUGGGGCUGUCGGGCAUGUGACUAAAAAGGCGGCAGGGCUCGUUGGGAAUCUUGAUCCUGAAGAGCUUGGCGAGGCUCAGAAGGGUGUGACGAUACCUCUAAUCAAGGGAGGUGACCAGCCUCCAAUGUUGGAAUAG